AUGGACUAGUAUUGGGGAAAUGCUAACACUCAAACCAAUUACGAAAAUUAAGAGACAUCUCAGGACAUGAGACCAUUGAAAGGAUAUAAAAAUUAGAAUUAAAAUAUGUAGAACUAAAAUGGAAAUUAUGAUUAGUAAGUUGGAGUCGCGCCUCUUAAAGGGUAUAAACAAAUGAAUUAGGCUUCUGGAUCAUAUUUUAAUUAGUAAAAUGAUUACAUACCCAAAAGAGGAUAUUAAUAACAUAAUAAAAAGCAUUAAUCGGAGAAAACAUACUAUAAUUAAUAAAUGUAAGUUCAGGCUCGCCAAACUGAUUAAGGAUGUUACUCUGAUUAAUAACAAUAAUUCGGAUAAUAUCCUGAAAGGUAAAAUAGGGAACAAUAUAACCGUAAAGAUAACCAAAGCAGGGGCUAUUAUAAUACAUAGAAUAAUGCAGGUUAUUAGUAAAAUAAAAAUUACUAAAUGUAUUAACUGCCUUAAUAAUCUAAUAAUAUUUUCUAUUAAUUCCAAACUUAGUUUUUAAGGGCUAAUGAUUAUUAUGACAUGAAUGAAUUAAGGGCGAAUUUUAACCCAUUAAAAUAACUAAAUAAAAAUCAUAUGCCCUCUCAAGAUUCACAUUUUGUUCUUAUAAGACCUAAAAAUGGAUUUUAAAAUAUUCAUAAGGCUAUCAAGUAUGGGAUUUGGUGUUCGAGUUCUUUAGUUAAUCAAGAACUAUCAUAAUUAUACGCGGAUAAAAAUAAAUCUGUUUAUUUAAUAUUUUUUCCUUUAGGCUAAAAUUCUAAACUUAUAGGAAUUGCUUAAAUGAUAAGUGAUUAUGAUCCUAAUUAGACUUAUAAAUACUGGGAUAACGAUGGAAUUUAUAACGGCUCUUUUGAAUUAAUUUGGCAUUCAAUAAAAUAUGUUGAUCCAGAGAGCAUUCCAAUUUUGACUUGGGAGUUUCGGAGAGGAGAUAUAAGACAAUAUUAUAUUUAGCAAUUGAGAGAUGGAAAUUAAAUCGGAUAUCAUGAUGCUAUGACAAUAUUUGAAAUAUUUAAUGAGGCUCCUGAGAACCCUUCUGUUUUUGAACACUUCAAUGUGUUAGACAUUUAAGAAGAAAAGGAUUAAAAGAGAAGCAAUAAAUUGAAGAAUUAGGAAGAAUAAGAAUUUUAAUUAAAAUAAAAAGGAUUAAAGAAAAAAUAUUAAUAUUGA